AUGCAACGCGCCGACGCUGAUGCAACUGUUGCCGCCGCCGCGUCUUCAUUAGUGUGCGAACAUGCCGCAGAUGCCGCGCGGCUCGUAGUAGAUUUAGCGCUUGUCGCCAGCGCGCUCUCGCGACGGGCGCUUCUGAGAAGACCUGCGUGCGACAACGGUGGGAAAGCAAGCACACUACACUACGAGCCGCGCUUUGGGCAAAUCGCUAACGUUAAACAAUCUACUCAUGAGGCGUAUGAGCGUCCGCAGCAGACGACGUUCGCGAAAUACGAAGGACAAUUAUUAUUCACGUACGGGAAGAUCAGAAGAGGUCCAGUAACACUUCCUGGAGGAAUCCCUGAAGUAACCUCUCCUCAAGAUGAAAACUGCUGUUCAACUCUGAUUUUCUAUUUCCUGGCUCGAAGUUUAUCAAUUCACCUCGGUUAUCAAUUCCUGAAUGCAGUAAUUUUUAAACCCAUUCAAACAAUGGAACGACCAUACUGUCCCUGAAUUAGCCAUUAUUUUUCUUCUCAUUCUUGUGUGAUAAAAUGUGUUAAUAUUCGGACCACAUUCCAUAAAUUCUACAUUUCACUUUAUAAAUAAUUAAGCUAAUAUGAUUAUUAAAGGAGAGAACCUUGAUGCAUAAAAGUUCAAUGGAAAUACAUUCAGUUAUCAAAUAGUUUUAUGAAAUUAAACAUGCAGUACAAAA